ACACCGGGCCCGCCCUCUGCCCUGGGUGUCUUAAGAGCCCUGUGGCGCUCUUAAGUCGAGCCGCGUGCGCAACGGUAGUGACGCCUUUUACCUGGAGGAUGGCGGAUACCGGCUUGCGCCGCGUGGUUCCCAGCGACCUUUAUCCCCUUGUGCUCGGCUUUCUGCGGGACAACCAACUCUCGGAGGUGGCCAGUAAAUUUGCAAAGGCGACAGGCGCUACACAGCAGGAUGCCAAUGCCUCUUCCCUCUUGGAGAUCUACAGCUUCUGGCUCCAGUCCACCAAAGCCCCAAAGGUGAAAUUACAGUCAAAUGGACCAGUGACCAAGAAGGCUAAGAAAGAGACUUCGUCCAGCGACAGCAGUGAGGACAGCAGUGAGGAAGAGGAUGGAGCCCAAGGACUUCCUACACAGAAGGCGGCCGCACCUGCCAAGCGAGCCAGUGUGCCUCAGCAUGCUGGGAAGGCAGCAGCCAAAGCUUCAGAGAGCAGCAGUAGUGAAGAAUCCAGUGAUGAAGAGGAGGAAGAGGACAAGAAGAAAAAGCCUGUCCAGCAGAAAGCAGUUAAGCCCCAAGCCAAGGCAGUCAGACCUCCUUUGAAGAAGGCAGAGAGCUCUGAGUCUGACUCCGACUCAAGCUCAGAGGAUGAAGCACCACAGACUCAGAAGCCAAAGACAGCUGUAGCAGCUAAAGCUCAGACUAAAGCCCCAGCCAAACCAGCGAAAGCACAGCCUAAAGUAGCCAACGGCAAAGCAGCCAGCAGCAGCAGCAGCAGCAGCAGUGAUGACUCGGAGGACGAUGAGGAGCCGGCAGCUGCACCUCCCAAAAAGACUGCACCUAAGAAGGAAGUGGUGGCCAAGGCACCAGUGAAAGUAGCCGCCACCCCCACUCAACAGAGUUCUAGCAGUGAGGACUCUUCCAGUGACGAGGAAGAACAGAAAAAACCCAUGAAGAAAAAAGCAGGUCCCUACAGUUCAGUUCCACCGCCUUCUGCUCCUUUACCAAAGAAGUCCCCGGGAGCUCAGUCUCCAAAGAAAACUGCACAGACACAGCCUGAUGACAGCAGUGACGACAGCAGUGAUGAGUCUGAUUCAAGUUCUGAGGAAGAGAAAAAAACUCCAGCUAAGACGGUUGUCUCCAAGACACCUGCUAAACCAGCUCCAGUGAAGAAGAAAGCAGAGAGCUCGUCAGACAGCUCAGAUUCUGACAGUUCUGAGGAUGAAGCUCCUGCCAAGGCAGUCAGUACCACCAAGAGUCCCUUAAGCAAGCCAGCUGCCACUCCCAAGCCAUCUGCAGCAAAGGCAGUGGCAACUCCUAAGCAACCUUCAGGCAAUGGCCAGAAACCUCAGAGCAGGAAGGCUGACAGCAGCUCCAGUGAGGAGGAGAGCAGCUCCAGUGAGGAGGAGGCCGCCAAAAAAAGCGUAGCAACCCCCAAGACCAAGGUGACCACUAAAGCAGCACCCACCAAACAGGCUCCUCAGGCUGCUGGGGACAGCAGCUCGGACUCAGAUAGUUCGAGCAGUGAAGACGAGGAGGAGACACCUAAGCCCCCAGCUAAGAAGAAGGCAGCAGGUGGAGCAGUUCCCACACCAGCCCCUGGGAAGAAGGCAGCAGGUGGAGCAGUUCCCACACCAGCCCCUGGGAAGAAGGCAGCAGGUGGAGCAGUUCCCACACCAGCCCCUGGGAAGAAAGCAGCGGCAGAGAGCAGCAGUAGCAGUAGCAGCAGCUCCUCUGAAGAUUCCAGUGAAGAAGAGAAAAAGAAGCCCAAGGGCAAGGCUACACCUAAAUCCCAAGCAUGCAAGGCCAAUGGCACUCCAGUUUCUCAGAAUGGAAAAGCAGGCAAGGAGAGUGAGGAGGAGGAAGGAGAAACAGAAGGGAAGGCAGCUGAGACCAAGCUAGGUUCAGGCAAGAAACGGAAGCAGACUGAAACAGCAGAUGAAGCAGCGACUCCUCAAGCUAAGAAAGUUAAGCUCCAGACCCCCAAUACGUUUCCAAAAAGGAAGAAGGGAGAAAAGAGGGCAUCUUCCCCUUUCAGAAGGGUCAGGGAGGAGGAGAUUGAGGUGGACUCUCGAGUAGCAGACAAUUCCUUUGACGCCAAGCGAGGUGCAGCUGGAGACUGGGGUGAGCGAGCCAACCAGGUUCUGAAGUUCACCAAAGGCAAGUCCUUCCGGCAUGAAAAAACGAAGAAGAAGCGAGGCAGCUACCGGGGAGGCUCCAUCUCUGUCCAGGUCAAUUCCGUCAAGUUUGACAGCGAGUGACCUGUGGUCAUCUUUGGCAAAGGAAGGGUGAUGUUGGGAGACUGGCAUUCAACCCCACUGGACACAGAAACUCUGUUAGGAGAGAAUUGUGGCAAGGACAGUUUGGAGCAGGUCCUGAGGCGUUCCAGUCUGCAGUCGCGUGCUCCUCCUUCUGGACAGCUUUGUUUUUGAGCAAUGAUUGUCAAGGACAAAAAGGAUUUUUUUUUUUUUAAAGGAAAUCCAUUCAGUUGUCAAUUGCCUUCCAGUUCUGUGGGUCUUCAUAUUGAGAAAUUUGUACAUUUUAUAUUAAAUCAUGUCAUACAGAUUUUUGUUGUGGUUUUCAGAGAUGAGUUCCACAGAUUAAAGUCUUAGCUGCUGCCUAAGG